GAGUUCACUUGUAGUUGUUUGUGUAGUAAAUCAAAGAGAAUUUAAACACUACGUUGUAAAUUGUAAUCGUAGCUUAGGUAUAUUAUUAUUGUGAAAACAAGGAUUAUUAUUUUAUUUUGAAAACAGUGUUGGAUUUAAAUAUAUUAUUAUUGAGUUCUGGAAGCUGGAUCUGAAACUUGUCCUUUUAUACUUCCAGUUAUAUUUUCAGAAUGGUGGGACAGUAUGACGAAAAUCUUUUAUCGGACAUGUUACCGAUAUACUACGCUAAGCUUUUCCCCCAAAACGUGUUCUGCAGGUGGUUGUCGUGUGGGAACUAUCCACAACCUCUUGGUAACAGAGAGCUCUCGUUCACUCUAUCAGACGAUGUCUACUUGCGAUAUUUGUCGAUUAAUAAUCAAAAGGAACUACAAACUUUAUUUCAGAAAAAAUGUCCGUACAAGUUAGAUAUAGGAGCUGUUUAUAAUACAAAACCUUCAAUUGGUCGCCAUGAUUCAAUUAUACUUGCAAGGGAACUGGUGUUUGAUAUAGAUCUGACAGACUAUGAUGAAGUAAGAACAUGUUGUAAAGAGGCAAAAGUUUGUGAUAAAUGUUGGAAGUUUAUGGUUAUUGCCUGUGAAAUAAUACACACUGCAUUGAGAGAUGACUUUGGUUUUCAAAACAUACUAUGGGUCUUUUCUGGAAGACGAGGUAUUCACUGUUGGGUAUCCGAUCAUGAAGCCAGGACCCUGGACAGCCCUGGAAGAUCAGCGAUUGCAGAUUAUAUGUGCCUUAUAACAGGUGGAGAAAAUCAAAAUAAAAAAGUAAAUCUCGGUAAUGAUAAUUUACAUUCAAGCAUCAGGAGAGCUAUUAACAUAAUUGAAAAGUAUUUUAAGGAGUUGUUAGAGGACCAAGAAUUUUUAUCAACAACAGAAAGACUAAGCACAUUCUUAAAAAUAAUACCCGAUGAAACAUUAAGGCAUCAAAUUGAGAAAGUUCUAGAUAAAAUGCCAACUUCAUCAUUACAGAGAUGGGAAUCAUUUGUUGAUAUUUACAAUAAUUAUUGUAAAGAGAAUGUGACUGCUAUAAGAAAAAUGAAGCAUCUAAUAGAAGAAAUCAUGAUUCAGUAUUGCUAUCCACGUCUCGAUAUUAAUGUCACAAAAGGGUUCAACCACUUGCUUAAGUCACCAUUUAGUAUACAUCCUAAGACUGGAAAGGUAUCCAUUGUAUUCAAGCCAGAGUUUGCAAGAGAUAUUAAAUUAGACGAAGUACCCACAAUAUACACAUUACUUGAUGAUGCAUCGCCAGAGAAUGCUCAACAUCAGACCAACAUGCGGACAGCUGUAAAGAAUUUUCAGGAAGUGGUUUUUUCACUGGAGAAGACUGAGGCUUUGCGACGAAAAAAAUAUGGAGGUAAUUCAAUGGAGUUUUAGUGGACCUGUGAACUAAUUAAUACCUGAAACAUUUGUGACCAGCUGUUUAUAAAAUGAAACAAGGUGAAAUAAAAAUGUGAAAUUUA